AUCCCCGUCAGUGCGCGCUCUUCUCUGCCCGGCCAUCAUGCAGGUGUCAUCGGCUCAGCUCGUCUCCAGCUCCGCUCUGCUGCUGCUGCUCCUCCAGGGAUGCUGCUCCGUCGUCAGGGGCUGGAAGGUACUGAAGAACGACGCCACCGAGAUUUUACCGGACUACAGGGGGAUCAAUCGAGCUCCGCAUGAAGCGAUACUCAGCAGCAGCAGCAGCAGCAGCAGCAGCAACAACAACAACAACAACAACAACAACAACAACAACAACAACAACAACACGGUCAAUAACCGAGCAAAGAAUGGAGGAAGAAAUGCAAACAGCGUCUCUUACAGUGCCUCGGAGCUGAGCUGCAGGGAGCUUCGAUCAACGCGCUACAUCACCGACGGGUCUUGCCGCAGUGCGAAGCCUGUGAAGGAGUUGGUGUGUUCAGGCCAGUGCCUGCCUGCUCACUUGAUGCCCAACCAGAUCGUGCGUGGGAAAUGGUGGAGAAGCAGCGCGUCAGACUACCGCUGCAUACCAGCGCACUCUCGGACCCGGAGAGUCCAGCUGCACUGCCCCACCGGCAACACACGGACUUACAAGAUCCGUAUCGUCACGUCCUGCAAGUGCAAGCGCUUCAGGCCCCACCACAACCAGUCAGAGCCGAAGGAUGUGCCGAAGGCCCAGCGCAACAGCAAACGUUUACCUCAAAACCGGACCAAGGAUAACAACACACCACUGGUUGGGAAUUCGUUUUAGUGUAUCCUCCGAAAAUCUAUUGAGGACAGAGACCAAAGUAGACAUGCAUCUCCCAUGUGUGGAGAAGAUGUGUGAGAACAUGUACAGAUAAGCUAUUUUUCCGCUCUGAUUUGAAAUCUGUUUGCUCAGCUACACGUUUGGGGCUCAUGUGCAUGACCAACGAUCCAUGCCGGGACUUACCCUGACAGCUCAAGAGAUGUGACGGUGGGUAACUGAUCAGUGAAUUACUCAAACUGAAAAACACUUUCCUGGAUUUCCAGUCUGUCAGAAGCAGACUUCAAGCACCAAGAGUAAACAUCCCAGAGGUUUAAAAACACAUCUGUACAAACAUCCAGCGGAUGUAGAUCAGCAAAUGUAUCUUAAAUAUUUGGAGGUGCUUCCCUGUGACAGGAGGUGAGAACAGCCAGGGCUCGGGUAAACUGUGGAUCAAGUCGCUUCCUCACCUCGACCAGACCUGUAGAUGUUGGAGGCACGAGGGAUUUCGGUGAGCUUGAGGGAGACGGAACAACGGGGCAUUCCUGUGACUCGUCUUAAUGACUACAUGAGUACAGUGUUAGGAUUUGAGUCAUAAAAAGCCAUUUCCUCUCUCCGGUUCCUGUUUGUCAGAAUCACACAACGUUCUCACAGAACAUAUGUGGAGGAGGCAUCGCAACAUUUGCUGUGUUGUACCUCGGGCAGCCGUCUUCAACAAACACCCACGACAGGAAUUCUUUUCUAGAUGGGCCAACUAGAGCAGCAACUGUGAAUCUGCUGUCGCUCUAGACACCCACACUCUGCUCCCUUUCUGUAAAUAACUCAAACCAGGAGAAGAUAAAAAUAUCGACAGUUCAUCGUCAAAUAGGUACCCGGAAACAUCCCAUGUUUGCUUCCUCUUUACUUCUUGAUUUCUCAAACCUCUCCGCACUCAAAUCAAGUUUCAUUCCGACUAUUAAUUUCACUAUGAGCUCUGAGUCAUGACUGACAGAAUCAGAUCACGGUUGAGUGGCGCUCUGAGUUGACCAGUCGACACUUGGAGUAGAGCCAUUGCCUGAGAGCGGGAGGAGGAAGCAGCAACUGGAAAAGUGUUUUUCAUGCAAGUGGAGCGCUGCAGUGACGGGACGUUUAGAGAGCGUGCGCUCAAAUCCCCUGGCUUGAGAGGGGAGAAAGGGAGGACUCACAAAGAAGGACUGAUAUAAAUACUGAACUGCAUAUUUAUUAUUUUGUUUUGUUUUACACAUUUAAAUUAUUUAUGCAACUUUUUGUAGUAAAUGGCAGCCAUUAUUGUCCUGUAGUACAAUAGUUUCUUUGGAAAUGAAAUACUGUACAGUGCAUUAAUAAAGUAAAGGCAGAUAUAUUUGACAUGGCUGGUG